ACGUAAUAUUACCCACCACCAAAAAAAAACAUGGCGCAGGGCAAGCUGGGCUGAAAAAAAAAGUUGCUGCUUUUUUUUUCUCUUUUUUGGAAAAAGAAGAAAACAAUACACCUAAAGAGGAAAUGUUCUUUUAGCCCCGCUUGGUUUAUGUGUGGUCUGCAAGCAGCUCGAGCCCCAGAUGCAAUUAUGAAAUGUCCUGCCUCUUGAUGUCAUACGACAUGAACUGCACUGAUUGCAACUUAACGAGGCUAAGCAGCACAACCAUGGGUAAGAUGAUGCUGGGACACAACGGGGUCAGAGGCAGCAGAGACUAUGAUGAGAGGGUGGCUGAUACCGAGAGCAAGCACCGCAAGACAUACCCACUCCGGAAACGUAUGCACGCACAGCCAGGCAAUUUCUCUUCCCCAGGGGUUGCCAAGGAGCUGGAAGGGACAUCGGUUGAUGGAAUGAGCCCUGCUCAGGAUAUUGUGGAGCAGUGGGAUUACCAAGGCAACCAGGACCGACUUGGAGGACAGGCACCCCAGGCAGAGAGAAGUGAAGACACUGGCAAAGAGAACUCCAAGAUGGCAGCUGUGGCCCCACGUGCUGCUGAGUCACGCCCGCGAAGGCUGGCCAGCCUGAACGCGGAGGCGGUCAACAAUCUGCUGCUGGAGCGCGAGGACUGCCCAACAUCCAACAGGCGCUGCCGGAAAGGUCCCAGCUGUGGCGUGGAGUACGCUGAGAACCGGCCCGAGGGCAGGACGGGCCACCCGGCAAAAAAGCGGAUGGGUAGCUUGGGUGGCUCAUUGGAUGGUGACGUUUUCACCUGCACUGAGAGUGAGCCUGCACCAUCUGGGGGCAGCUGGGAGAGCGGGUUGACUGACCUACCGGCUAAGAAGCGCAUGGCCAGUCUCAAUGCUGCCGCAUUCCUCAAGUUGAGCAACACCAAGGACGUUUCAGCUGGGCGGCGCAGCCGCAUAGAUGGAGAAAACAAACCGGGCAAGGUGACAGGCGGGACCCGGCCCUCCUGCCCGCAUCCGCUGGCUGGGCGCCGCUGUCCUCGAGCCAAAAGAAGGGACUCCAGGAGUGACAUCGCAACCAAGCUUUGCCUUGGCACUGACUCAGGGGAUGGUGAAGGGCAGCGCAAAGAGGAGUCGACCAGCGCAGGGCAGCACUCAAGCACGUUACCUAUUAACGCGGACCUUCCCUGCCCGUAUACGGACAAGACCAAUGGAUAUUUCCAUCGGCUAUCAAUGCUUGUGGGAAGCCAAGCCAUGAUUCAGCCCAAGUACCAGGCUCUGGAGGAGAGCACUGCUUCUGGUGCCGAGUUUACACAACCAAUGGCUCCAUUUCAGUCGCACUCUACGUUGACUUUGCUGGACAAUUUUGUGUCUGGUCCGGACCACUACGAGUUUCUGCCUCCUGAAGUCUGCCUUGCUUCCCCGGUGGACGAUCUCUACCUACACUACGAUCGAAGCGACUUGCUGCCCAUUGGUUGUAAUUCUCCGCAUGGCUGUCACGUGUGCUCGGCUGCUUUCUCCUGCUGUACUCCGCCCGAUGAUGAAGGGAGUCUCCUCAUUUCGCAGAGCGCUGUGCCCUCAGGUAUUCCCUACUCGCACGCUCCAUGUGGGGGUGGCCUUUGCUAUGUGGGAGAUACAACAACCAUGCAGUGCAUGGACGUGACUGGCUAUGACCUUUGCAGAGUGCUCCAUCCAUCAUUCAACAGGGAUGUAGUUGGGAGGACUUUAACCUCCAACAGGACAAACUGUCUCCAUGAGCUGGGGGCAAAAACAGACGGGUACAGGUCCUUGAAGCCACUCAGUGUAACCAUCCCAGUCACAGGUCAUCCAGUGUCACCAGCAAACCCUGUCUCAGGCUGUCCUGUUCCUCCAGCCCCUCCUGCUGCUGAGCCUGUUCCUCACCUGCAGCGCCCUGGUUCGGACACACCAGCAACCUCUCGCCCUCACACACUGUCCAUGCUGAAACUGAGCAGGGAGUGCCCUCAGAGCUCCAAACCUCCCAACAGCUCCAAGUCUAGCCUCCGCAACCCAGCCAGUUCACCCGCCCAGCAGAGUAAAGCAGGUACAGUGCAUGUGGAGAGCAAGCAACAGAGAAUCAACAGAAGACGAGCCACGAAUGGUUGGCUCCCUGUAGGAGAACCAUAUGAAAAGCCUGUCUAUGUUGUGGGUGAAGUGGAACUCCUGAUUCGGAAGUGCUAUCCCGCAGUUCAAAGGGAUGGAGAAGUAAUCAAGGUUCGAGACACUGUUUUAUUGAAGUCCGGACCAAGGAAGAAGUCCAUUCCUUAUGUUGCCAAGGUUUCUGCACUCUGGGAGGACCCUACAUCAGGGGAACUCAUGAUGAGCCUUUACUGGUACUACAGGCCUGAGCACAUCCAGGGAGGCAGAAAUCCAAGCAUUCACUGUGAGAAUGAGAUCUUUGCUUCUCGGCAUCAGGAUGAGAAUAGUGUGGCCUGCAUUGAAGAGAAAUGCUAUGUGCUGACCUUCUCUGAAUAUUGUCGGUUCUGUGCCUUGGCAAAGUGGCGAGAGGAGGGAGCCCCUGAUCACAGACCAAUGGUCCCUCCCUCCGAAGAAUACUCCACUCCUUCCCACCGCAAGGUCCCGGAAAACACAGACCCGGAUCUGGUCUUUAUUUGCAGACAUGUGUAUGACUUCCGCCAUGGUCGAACUCUGAAAAACCCGCAAUAGGUUAUAGCACUUCCCGAAUUCCAAGGGAACUCAGGCUUAGAAAACAAACACAUACAAUUACAGGAAAACGCAUAUAAUGGAUUUUGACUGGAGGUAUGAUUCCACACAAACUUCCUGGUGGACAACAAACACUCUUCCCUUUGCCUUAUGUACAUAAAUUAGAGAAAUUUUUAAGACCUGUUCAAUCACGCUGAUGGCAUACCAAAGGACAGUGACCGAUCCGAAAACUAGCUUCUGGAAAACAGCGCUGGUUUCUGCACUAAUCAAUUCGACGAUGUCAUCACAACACUUGUCACUUUUCUCAUGCUCAUCCUCCAUCACCACUAACAACGGGACCUGAUUCCCGAGCAAUUGACGACCCAUUUUGCGAUUUUUAAAAAUUAUAAACGGUAACAAAAAAAUUGCACUUAUAUUCCAAACUGAUUUAUUUCUCAAAUGACCCUUACCCAAUUUCCAGGUUGGCAAUGAAUGCCAGCACUUAAAUGUUUACGUCUGAAUUGGGAUAACAUUCCAAAUUCUUCUCUCUCUUCCCUCUCUUUUUAAUUAUUAUUACAAAGAAAAUUACUUGUUGGUAUUAAAUUUCAGAAAAAUUGUAUUGCGUUUUGAGGAAGAAAAAUUAAUAUAUGAUUUAAGUUUGAUAGCUAUGUUUUGAAGAGACUGUUUUUUAAAAAGAAAAUGUUCACUCUCUACUGAUGUCCUGAUGUUUUCACUUGAAAGUUUCUAAUUAUGUUUGAAGUGUUAGGCCUUUUGGCCACAUAGAAUUAAAGAUGUUUCUGCCAUCA